UUGGAAUAUUAAGAUGUCGCAACAAAAUGUCGAUAUCUUCCAAAAUCUACCCGCUGAAGAGGAGGAUAACAAGUAAACGAGUAGCGAUGCCAGUGCUACUAUGCCACCUUUAAUGUCGGGGAGACGGAAUAGCCAGCAUGAUCGCUGGGAACCACACAGGAGCCCCGAGGUGAACAGCAGUAGCUUCAGAAUAACCAGAUUCGGCAUGGCCCGACAUCUUGAGCGCUUUGGGUUUGUCUAUCCGGUUAGCCAACGUUACUUGGGCCGCAAGACAAAGGUAGAAACUGACCCCACGGUCGAAUCCGAAGAGGAACCUACACAGUCGAAUACAUCGAAGGCACAAGAACGACAAGAACGGGCCCAGGAAGAUGAUAUGACGAAGACAAGGGACCAACUAGAAGACGCAGAUAAGUAGAGAUGUUUUAGGGAAGGUUUCGAGGUUGAAUGUUGUGGUGUAUGAGGUAGUAGAGUGUGCAGUGAUGUCGUACAAGUGUCAAGCCUGAACCUGCUAAGAGGGGUACUUAGGAAAGAGGAGGUUCAUUAGAAACUACGGUAGAAAGACUGAGAAGCGUAUAUGUCUAUAACGAGUCAGUUGGUAUUACAGAGCUGAGAAGUUGGUAGAGCAAAAUGUUGGGGUUUGCAAUAUAGUUGGACGUUGAAAUAUAACAUACAAAGAUUCACAGUCUUACCCUAGAAUAGACACCUUAUGAUGUGAACACGUUAGUUGAUGCCUAAGAUCGAAUAUAACAUGAGGUGUCCAUGAUACAUUUUAAAGCAAAUGUUAAGGAUAGAAUAGGUAGAGUUACGGCUGUCGAUACAUACUAUGAAUACAACAAGAUAGUGAGCAUCUGACGCAAAAGGAAACUUAGUAAGUUGGCGAAAUCGAUAGUCAGAAAUUGGCCAACAGGUUACAUGCGCAUGUAGUGGUGUCCAUGUACACUACGGGAAAUAAGUAAGUUCAAGAUAUUUGAACCGAUAGUUUAUAGCCUCAAAUGUGAAUAUAUAGGAUCACAUAGGUUAUUUAUUACAAGGGUUACUACGGAUGGUGGCAGCGAAAUCGAGCCAAUUGGGACCCAUGAUGUAAUAUGCCGGGCCUAAAAUGUACUCUUGAGCAGUACGUAAAUUAUAAA